AUGGCACUUGCCAACAAAGCCAUCGAUGACAUCGGGAUGACCAGAUUUCAGUGGAAGUUGUUCUUCCUCAAUGGAUUUGGAUAUGCUGUCGACUCGCUCCUGGUCGUGAAUCAAUCAAUUGCGAACCCAGCCGUUAAGCGCGAAUAUGGGCAGCCCGACAAACAUAUUUCGGGCAUUCCACUUGCAUCACAGGUUGGUCUUCUUGUCGGUGCUGGUCUUUGGGGGUUUACCGCAGAUAUCAUCGGAAGAAAGCUCGCGUUCAAUACCAGUCUUUACUCUUGCGCCAUCUUCGUCCUGAUUGCCGGAGCCAUGCCCAACUACAUCUCAUUCGCGACGCUUGUGGCCCUCUACUCAGCAGGUGCCGGUGGGAACUAUAUCCUUGAUGCCACCAAUUUCCUGGAAUUCCUGCCGACCUCACAUCACUGGCUGGUCACCUUCAUGGCUGUCUGGUGGGCAGUUGGCUACAUGAUCACAGGUUUCUUCGCCUGGGGCUUCAUGAGCAACUUCUCCUGCUCCCCGAAGGCAACGUCUGAAAGCUGCCACCGCGCGGACAAUAUGGGGUGGCGAUACCUCCAUUUCACCAGUGGUGCACUGGUCAUCGUUCUGGCAUUUAUCCGAGUCUUCGCCAUUAAGAUGGUGCAAACCCCACGUUGGUUGGUCAGCCAGAACCGAGAUGAAGAGCUGAUCCAGAUCCUCGACGAUUUGGCAAGGAAGCACGGUCGAUCACAUUCUCUGACGCUGGAGGAGCUUUCAGGCCAAGGCACAGUUGCGCAUACCGAGAAGUCGGUCUGGUCUUCAUUUCGACUGAAGAAGCAUGUCACGGGUUUGUUCCAGACAAAAAAGCUGGCGUGGUCGACGACACUGAUCCUGUCCAAUUGGUUUGUCAUUGGAAUGGUCAGCCCGCUCUACUCAGUGUUCUUGCCAUUCUAUCUUCAAUCUCGCGGUGCCGAGUUUGGUGACGGUUCGAAUUAUCAGACUUGGAGAGACUAUGCUAUUAAUCAUGUGGUGGGUAUCCUGGGUCCAAUCAUUGCCGCAGUGUUGGUUGAAACGCAGUACAUCGGUCGUCGGGGCACAUUAGCCAUUGGCGCAGCUACGACCAUGGCGCUACAGUUCGGCUACACCCAGAUCACGAACGAAGCCGGGAAUGUGGGAUUGUCUUCUGCGAUCAGCGCUGCGUCCAACAUCUAUUACGGCACAAUCUAUGCCUAUACUCCGGAGAUUCUUCCAUCCGCUCAUCGUGCUACCGGAUAUGGCCUUUGUGUUGUGGUUAAUCGCAUUGGUGGUAUUCUGGGGGUUCUUGUCGGAAGCUAUGCUAAUGUCGAGACUACGGCGCCGCUGUUUGUCUGCGCAGCUUUGUUUGGCUUGCUCAUUAUUCUCAGCUUGCUGUUACCGUUUGAAUCCAGGGGCAAGAGAGCGCAGUAG